GAGAAGUCAGGGCUGGCCUACUUGGACCCCCGCGCUGGGCUGAAGGAGAGGCCGAGGGCGGCCUCUUUCCGUCAGGGCAUCUCGUGCAACCCCUUCCUACAAAUGGGGAAACUGAGGGCCCAGAUGGGAGGGGGUGGUGGUCUGUCGACCGGAACAUCCUACCGAUCCGGCCCCCUCAUUUUGAAGAUGAGAAAACUGAAGCCGAGAGAGGGGAAAAUGAUCUGAGGCUAACCACAGCCAGGAUUUCAUGCAGACAAUGAACAAACUUCAGUUGAGAAAGUCUUGGUUGCAUCCUCAGACCUUGAAGUAGUUAAACCCUACUUUCCACGUGCAUUUUCAUCAUGAUGGAUACUCAGUAUGUCCUCUGCAGAUGGAAAGAGCGUUUAUGGCCAGCAAAGGUUUUGUCCCAAACUGGAAUCUCCAGAAGACAACAUAUUCAGACAAGGAAAGCAGCCUUUUUAGAAGUUCAAAUACUGAGUCUAGAUGAAAAAAUUAAAGUGAAGAAGACAGAAACCAAGAUUCUACAGCAGUCACAGAUAGAAGAGAUUGCUGCAGAAUUUACUACUCAAGUUGAAAUAAAUACUACACCUAUUGAAGAACUGAUUUAUAGGCGAUCACUUAGAGUUGCCCUGGAUACUUUGAGUGGGAAAGCAGAUGCUAGUCAAGUAAACUUUUUGGACAAAAGUCUAACUACUCCCGUCCUUCGAAAAGUGAAACAAACAAGACCUGCACAUGCUGUCUCUGAAUCUGGCUCGUCACCUUUUGUCUGUGAAGAAAUAGUAGGAGGGUCUGGGCCCUUUAAGAAAGAAAAUGCACUACAGAGGCUGUCCAGUUCCCCCAUUGAAGAAAAUAAAUUCAAAAAGGGUUUGAAGAGGUCUAACAGAAUUUAUAGUAAAGAAACAGAGUCCUUGGCUUCUCAAACUGGAAAUGUUUUUGGCACUCAAAAGCCACAGCAUCGGAAUUGUGAGAUUUCUAAGGCACGGUCCAGAACUUGGAAAAACCGGAAACAAAAGAAAGAUGAUUCAUCACAAAACUCACAACUGAACCUUAAGAAGAAACCCGAAGUAAAGGAUAGUAGGAAAAAAGGCAGGAAGAGACCAUGGACCUGGAACAGGAAUUCAUCACCUUUUAAAGCCAGAGGGUGUAACGGCACAAAUACUGAGCUUGAAGAACUCAGUCCACUUUUGUCUAGUAGUUCCAUCCAGUUGGUGACUUUGGAAGAAAAGGCAAGUAGUCCUGUCCAAAAAGCAUUGGACUUUUCCACCAGCCAUUCCUUUGUGGAAUCAGAGUGUGAAAAUGAACAUGGCAAAAUGCCUUCACAGAAGUAUUGCAAAGUUUUAGGUGGCAUUAAACAAUCAUCGGUUUCUGAAUGCCAUUGUGUGGAGCCAGGAGGAACAGGGCUGAGCACCAGUGGAUUUGACCCAAGCUGUUUUGCACCUAAAAUGAGAGCUCUUAAGCUUCCAGAUUUUGAGGAAGAUGAAGAAGAACUUCAGGCUUCAGAACAGUCAUUGGAGUUUAGUACUGUUAAUACCACUGUGGUAGACGAAGAGGAAGAAGAUGAAGAACUUCCAAGUAUACUUUCACACCCUGAGCCAUGUUCCAUAGAAGCUGGAAUGUUAGUCUGGUGUAAACAUCAAAAAUAUCCCUAUUGGCCAGCAGUGGUAAAAAGUAUAAAGUGGAAGGAUAAGAAAGCAAGUAUAUUAUAUAUUGAAGAAAAUAUGAAUCCAGAAAAGAAAGGGUUUAUAGUGCGUCUUAGAAGAUUAAAACACUUUGAUUGUGAAGAGAAGCAGGAGCUUAUGGAUAAAGCCAAGGAAGAUUAUAGUCAGGCUGUUGACUGGUGUAUCAAGGUGAUUUCUGACUACAGAAUUCGAAUCGGUUGUGGUUCUUUUGCAGGAUCUUUCCUGGAAUAUUACUCUGCUGAUAUUAGUUGUCCAGUGAGGAAAGUAAUCCAGCAAGCGCCUGUCAAAACAGUGUUUCCCACCCGGAACAUGGAAGAUGAUACCUCCUUGAACAAGAAGCAGCUUUUCAAGAAAAUCCUUCCAGACCGAAGGAGGGCAGCCAGAAACAAGGCCAAUGAGAAGUUAGUGGAAUACAUAGUGAAUGAAAAGGGGGCAGAGAAACAUCUCUUGGCUAUUUUAAAAAGCAGAAAAAAAUCCAGCUGGCUGAAAGAAUUUUUGAAUUCAAGUCAGUACUUGACGUGUAUUGAAACAUACCUUGAGGAUGAUGAGCAGUUGGACCUUGUGGUGAAAUAUUUACAAGGAGUCUAUCAAAAAAUAGACAGCAAAAUGCCGACACUAAUAAAUGGCGAUGGAAUAAAAUUUAUUCUGCAUGUUCUUUUGCCUGAAGCAAUCAUUUAUGCUAUAUCUGCAAUUGAUGAAAUAGACUACCAGACAGCUGAAGAGAAAUAUAGAAAAGGACCAUCUGUGAGCAACAGGGAAAGAGAAAUGUUUGAUAAAGAACUUUUAGAGAAAAAACAAGAAACUUACAUUGUUGAAGACUGAACCAACUUUUCGGAAAAUGUCUCCAGAUGUAUCAAAACCAUAACAGGAAACCUUUGUAUUCUAAGUUGGCUCAUAGGUAUAGUUAGUAACAGAUCUUUCUGUGUAAAAUUCUCCUUAUAUUAUAAAUAUGUUUUGUGGAAA